AUGCAGCGGUCCGGCAGCGGGUGGUUCGAGACGUUCUUAAACUCCCACCAGAAUAUUAGUAGCCACGGCGAGAUAUUUAUAGUCAGGCCGCGUCGCGAAAACGCGUCGGCGGUCGCGGAGACGCUUGACCGCGUGUACAACCUGGAUUGGUCGAACAGCGCCGCGAAGAACUCGUGCACGAGCGCCGUCGGAUUCAAAUGGAUGCUCAACCAGGGCGCGAUGGAGUUCAGCAGUGACGUGGCAGAGUACUUCAAGAAGCACCACGUGUCCGUGAUCCUGCUGAUCAGGAAGAACGUGCUGCGGCGGCUGAUUUCCAUUCUGGCGAACGCGUACGAUCGCAAGACGCAGCUAGUGGGAGUGCACAAGUCGCACACGCAUAGCAAAGAAGAGGCGGAGAAGCUGGCGACGUUUCGGCCGAACGUGAACGCGAAGCACCUGGAGGGCAACCUGCAGCGCGUGCAGGAGAUGGUGGACGACGCGCUGAGAGCGUUCAAUGGCACCAGACGGAUGCUCGUGUACUACGAGGACGUGGUCAAGAACAAAACGAUCCUGGAGAAUGUGCAGCGCUUCUUGGGGGUGCCGGCGCAGGAGCUGACGAGCAAGCAGGUGAAGAUCCACACGCGGCCACUGAGGGAGUCGAUCGAGAACUACGAUGCCGUGGCUGCGAAGCUCAAAGGCACCGAUUCCACCCCUCCGAACGGCAGUGUUGUUCCAGCAGGCAACAAGCAACCGGAUCAGUUCAUACCAGUCAAGGCAGUCUACGUGGCAAGAAGUCUGGACGUGAGGGGGCUAGCAGGUCCCAGUGGGUUCGGGGGCAUGCAGCUGCUGCCAGCCAAGAACAAUGUCAUCAUCCGCUUCCCCAACCGCUCCCUGCCUCUUCCCCUCCAUGCUGCGCUGUCCAAGCCUGGCAUGGAGGCAUGUGUGCCAGCGCCCGAGCGCUACAUGGUGGCAUUCCACUACGGCUCCGUCGUGUUCUUCAACUUUGACCGCACAGAGGAGGCGCUCGCCCUCGAUAUUGUCACGCAGCACUGCACUGGGGCGUUCAAGGAGGCGCACAGCGACGAGUACAGUGUGAUCGCGCGGGCGGGUCUCAAGGGGUGGAGCGAGGGGGGGCACGACUACGUGGCGGUGAGGCAGCUGGACGUGAACAACAUCCGAGUCAUCUCCAGCAUCCUCGGUCAGAGCGUGGCGCUGGACCAUUACGCACGCAAGGUGGAUGAGAUGGUGAACACGUUCAGUGAGCUGAACCGGGGCAUGGAGCAGAGCGGCACCUUCACCAUGACUCGCAAGAAGCUCUUCCAGCUCGUUGCUGCCGCCAACACCACCCUGGCUGACGUCAUCCUCAGAAUAGGGCUGCUGGAGAGAUCUGACACGGCGUGGCGGCAUGCGGAGUACUCCAAGAUCUGGGAGUUCCUGCGGGACGACUUUGAGCUCGACGAGCGCUUUGAGAGCCUCGACUUCAAGCUCAACAUCAUCCAGGGUCUUGCUAUCCCUGGUUACCACCCGCCCAUUCUUAGAAAACUGCCGCUCACCUCCUUCCUGCUGCGCCAUGAUAUAAGAGCCGCCUCACAAGUCUCCUCAUCCUCUGUUCCCCGACCCUCCCAACCUCUCCCUCCUUCCCACAGAGGUUCCUGCCGUCCCUGGUUACCACCCGCCCCAUUCGCUGCGGCCAAGUUCCUGCCAUCCCUGGUUACCACCCGCCCCAUUCGCCGCGGCCAAGUGCUCUUCUCCCUCCCCCUGCACCUCGCCUUCUCCUCCUCCCUCUGCGCCUCCUCUCCCCCCUUCUCGGUCCCAUCCCCAUCCCUCCCCGCAUCCCUCUCUGCUGAAGCCUCACUUGCUGUCUGCGCCCUCUCCCACCUCCACUCUUCCUCUUUCUCUUCCUCUUCCUCUUCCUCUUCCUCUCCUUCCUCCAACGCCGCCUCGCCUCUUGCCUGGGCGCCAUUCCUCCACCUGCUGAUUCACCUGAAGGCGGGCCAGCGCCGCCCGCUGCCCAUGAUGCACGAGGGGGUGGGCAUGCAGCCGGAGAUGCCCGAGAAGGCAGCAGUACGAGGGCGAGUACACGGCAUGGCAGCAGGCCUCACUCAAGAAGCCGCCAAGCGUACAGCACAAGGCCCACUUCCUCCUCGCCCUCCCCCCUCCUCUCCCCUCUGCCUCGCUCCCCCUCUCACCACCCAGGCAGAAGCACUGAGGCAGCAAUACGAGGGCGAGUACAGCGCAUGGCAGCAGACCAGCUCGAAAAAGCCACCAGCAUAUAAGUCCCGCCGCAAGACAAAGCCCAGCACCCCCCAUCACGAGGGGUCCACAGGGGCUACAGGGAGUGCAGUGAGCAAGGAGGAGUUUCUCCGUGCUGUCACCACUGCCCUCGUCUCUGCCAUCCCCCUGCCCUCCGCCGCUCUCCAUGCCACCAACCCCUCUGCUGCAAGCUCCCCCAGCGAAAGGCAGUGCCGUGCUGGUGCUGGCGACUAUGCCUCUGGUGCUCGUACGUGCUCAGGGGAGUGGGAGGGGGAAGGAGAAGGGGAGGGGAAGGGGGAGGAGGAUGGGCGGUAUGAGUUGGCGUUUGUGCCUCUCAUGCACCUGCUGGGGCGGGCAGGGAGAGGAUCCGUUGCAGAUAUAGUGCUGGCGGAUGGUGAAGGAGGGGAGACGAAUGGCACGGAGACUGGGAGCGGGCAGAAGGGAGGCGAUGGGAAUGGGGAUGCGGAUGGGGAUGGGGAUGGGGAUGGGGAUGCGGAUGGGGAUGGGGAUGGGGAUGGGGUAGGGGACGGGGACGGGGAUGGGGAUGGGGUAGGGGACGGGGACGGGGAUGGGGAUGCUGAUUCGGAAGUUGAUGCGCCGAACGUGCAGUGGGACGUGGUGGGGGGGUGGAUCCGCGUGGUUGCGACACAGCCCAUUGCCAACGAUGCGCCUCUGCUGCUUCCUCUGGAUGGCGGGCUGUCGGGUCAUUUCAGAGAGGCGCAGAAGGCCAGAGAGAGGAGGAUGAAGGCGAGGAGGCAGAGGAGGUUCAAAGAGGAGGAAGGGCAGAAGGGAGAGCAGGCUGAGGACACAGACAAGCAGCAGCAGCAGCAGCAGCAGGGGGAGGAAAAGGAAAAGGAGGAGGAGGAGACGGGUGAUGCAGGGGAGGAAGGGUACUUAGAGCAGCGCUGGGCAAGGGGAAGCAAGAGGUGGCAGGGAGCAGGACAGGCGGGCAAGGAGGAGAAACUACAGCUGCAGCUGCACAAGAGAGAGUCACUGAAGACACCGAGGCUUCCCCAGCCGUCGCUGAUCCACGCCACACCUCUCUCUAAUACAGAUGCCUUCACCUACUUUGGCGUGGCCCCCAAGUCGCUCUUCCUCGCCCAGUUCCCCCUCUUCGACUCCCCUCUUGCUGCCCUGCAAGCCGCUGCCACGCAAGUGCCGCCCGAUUUUGAUCCUGACGCAAUCGAAUCCCAGCUCAAGAUUGCGGAGAUCGGCGCGAAGAUUCUCCGGGCGGUGCGGAGGGUGAAGAGGAGGGUGGUUAAGGCGGUGGUGUGGGGGAGCAGGGAGGAGAGGGAGAGGCUGGGAGUGAGGGAGGAGAUUGUGGAGAAAGUGAGAGUGUGGGAGAUGAGGCGGGAGAUGAGGGAGAGGAUGGGGUUGGAGAAGAAACCAGGGGGAGGAGCAGGAAACGAAGGGGGGAGUGGGGGGGGAGAAGACGGGGAGGAGGAAGGUGGGGAAGGGGAGGAUGGGGAUGAUGGGGAGGAGGGGCAGGGAGGGCAAGGGGGGCAGGGAGGGGUGGAUGUGUCAUGGUUGGAAGGGCCGGCGCUGCAUGUGUACUCACUGGGACUCAUGGAUCCCGAGAUGGUGGCCUACCUCACUGCCUUCACCUACUUCUUCGCCACUAAGGAGGAGCCGCACUACAGCUUCUUUGCUCGAGUGAGCGUGGCCUAUGCGUGGAACCUCGACGGCAAAACCACAUGCACGCACAUGCCCCUCAUCUCCUCCUCCUUCCCCUCAUCCUCCUCAUCAUCCUCCUCCUCCAACCACUCCUCCAACCCCCUCCACAUCUCCCUCGCCGAGUUUCCAGAGCGGGACCACCUGCUCUCCGCCCUCACGCCUGUGCUGAGGCUGGUGGCGAGCACACUUAGAGAGCUGGUGGAGGCGCACUUAGCUAAGUACCAGGGCUCGGUGCAGGAGGACGCCAUGUCGCUGUAUUACGUGCCCUUCUGCCGCGUGUGGCAGCGCGCUGGAGUGAAGCAGCCCGAGAAGAUCGUCAAGAUCUGCGAGCCGUGGAUGAUGACGGGAUUGGAGGAGGUGGAGCACGUGGUGCAGCGGCACCUCAACCAAAAGCAGCUGCUCGUGGAGGCCUCUGAUUGGCUGCUGCUCUCCUGCGACCCGCGCUACGACCUGCACCUGGGGGAAACAAGGAGCUGGGCGGCAGGGGAGGGAGAGGGAGCGGGGGAGGGUGUCGAGGGGGAGGGUGAGGAAGGGAGGGAAGGGAAGGAGGCGAAGGGAGGGGAAGGGGAGGCGGAGCAGAAGAAGGGAGGAGGAGAGGGUGCGGUGGAAGAGGAGGGAGGGGAGGCAGGGGAGGUGGAGGAUGAUGAGGAGAGGAAGCUGAGGGCGUUUAUAAAGUGGGUGCAGCAGAGAGGCAUCAAGGAGUAUGGCACGGAUGACUCCCCUCUCAAGUUUCAUUUCUAUGACCAUCGUGACGUGGCACCCUCCUUGACUAACACCUCAGAUCCCUCUGCUGUCACCAACGCCUCUGCCAAGCCACGUGUCAGGCGGCAGAUGAGCAUGGUGGCGGGGCGGGACGUGCACGAGGGGGAGGUGCUGCUCACCAUUCCGCAGUCGCUGUGGAUCACAGCAGAGGUCGCAGCAGAGGAGAUGCCGCCCCACACAGGCCCGGUGGACAUCCAGGUGGCCAUGGUGGCGUGGCUGCUGCGGGAGAAGGCGAGGGGGAGGCAGUCGGAGUGGUGGCCAUACAUUGACAUCCUGCCGCCCUACGUGCCGCUGCCCUCCCGCUUCCGCAACGACUCCCUGGACGAGGCUCAGUCCGACCUCCUCAAGCUACUGGUCCACCAGCAGAGGGAGGUGGCCCUGAUGGAGUACAACCAAGUGCGGCCACCCGCCAUGGCGUUUGCAUCAUUCGACGACUACAUGUGGGCGCACUCCAUCCUCGACUCGCGCGCCUUCUCCGUGCCCUUCAAGGAGCUCUCCAGCCUCGACCUUGAAGUCCACCAACAAAGGGAGGUGGCGCUUAUGGAGUACAACCAGGUGCGCCCACCCGCCAUGGCGUUUGCGUCAUUCGACGACUACAUGUGGGCGCACUCCAUCCUCGACUCGCGCGCCUUCUCCGUGCCCUUCAAGGAGCUCUCUGGCCUGGACCUUGAAGUUGCUGUCGCAGGGGAGUCGGGCAAAACGGGGAGAUACGACCAGAGUGAGGGGGGUGAGAAGGAGAAGAGGAGGAGGGCGAGGGAGAAGCGGCGGAGGGCGAUGGCGAACGCACCGGGCGAGUUGGUGGAGGCGGUGAACGAGGCGGUGGGGGUGCUGCACGAAUCACCCCGCCGUGUGGUGCGUGGCGUGGGCAUGGCGCUUAUUACUGCAGCCGAGCUGCUGGACCACCAAAUCAACUCCUCCAUUCAGUAUAACAUCACACACCACUUUGAGUACAUAGCCAUGAUCACACACCACUUUGAGUACAUAGCCAUGGUCAAUGUCUCAGCAGGGACGGAGCUCGCCACGUCGUACGGUCCCAAGACCAACGACCAGCUGCUCGCCACCUACGGCUUCGUUCUCGAUGCCAACCCCUUCGAUGGCGCGCCUCUCUUUGACAACCUCACUGAGGCUGUGGGCGUGCUGGCGGCGCUGCUGGCCAAUGGGGGCAGUGAGGGUGGGCGAGGAACGGGGGGGAAGAGAGGGGAUGAGAGGGGGAAAGAAGGGGAGGGUGGAGGUGGUGUGGUUUCAGGCGUGCUAGCUAGUGAAGGGGCGAGGGAUUUGGAGGAGAUUGGGGGAGGAGGGGAGAAGAAAAAGGGGAGGGAGGUGUAUCCGGGGGAAGUGGAGCUGAAGAGGGCUCUGGAGGAGAUCUGGCUGACUGAAGAGCCGCCAGCCACACAGGCAGCUGAUGAUGGUGAUGGCUCAUCAGGCAAGGCUCUCUACCGCGACCUGUUGCGGGUGGCAGCCAAGGCAGUGGCAGCGGUGGUGGCGGAGGGAGAGGAUGGGAACUACACUGAGGCGCUCAAGAUGCCCCAGUAUAACCUCAAGCAGCGCGUGAACGAGGACGCGUGGAAGCGAGUGGGCAGGCGCAAGGGGGAGAGGAGAAGGACAGGUUUUGAGACGUCUCAACAAAGGAAGGGAGCCUCUGGGAGCAGUGGUGGUGGUGGUGCUUCUGGUGUUGCUGGUUCUGACGGUGGGCGUGGGGGGGGUGGUGUGGAGGGAGAGGGUGGGGACGACAGGGAGGAGGAGGAGGAGGAGGGAGAGGGGAGGAAGAAAGAUGAGAAGGAGAGGAUGGCGGAAGAGCAGGAGGUGGCGGUGUGGGCGUACGGGAUAGUGGAGCCCACUCUCCUGGCGUCACUAGCAGCCGUGUGGCACGUCGUGCACUACGAGCAAGUGUGGGCGUACGGGAUAGUGGAGCUCACUCUCCUGGCGUCACUAGCAGCCGUGUGGCACGUCAUGCACUACGAGCAAGAGCCCAACUACGCACAAUUGGCGCUGGGCUCUGUGCUGUACGGCUGGGGCAUAUCUGCCAACAACAGGACCUGCCUGCACUUCCUGCCCAAAAUCUCCUCUCCCUUCCCACCCCUCACCUUCCCCCUUUUCCCCACCAGAGCCCAACUUUUCUUAACUAGCGCUGGGCUGUGUGCUGUACGGUUGGGGCGUCUCUUCCAACAACAGGUCCCCCUGGCACCUCCUGCCACUCAAUUUGCCUUUUCCCCAUCCCUCCAUACCCCCCUCCCUUUUUUCCCCACCAGAGCCCAACUAUUCUCAGCUGGCGCUGGGCUCUGUGCUCCCAACUAUUCUCAACUAGCGCUGGGCUGUGUGCUGUACGGUUGGGGCGUCUCUUCCAACAACAGGACCUGCCUGCACCUCCUGCCAAACUACUCCACCCUCAUGCCGGCCGUGGUCGCUGCGGCCGACACCAUUCGUCUUCUAGCGGAGUACCGGCUGGCGCGGUACCCCACCACCAUGGAAGAGGACGACGCUGUGCUUCGGAAGCUUCAGUCCUGCCAAGCCUGGGGCAAAGGCUCGGCGGAAGGCUCGGCAGGACAAGAAACAGCUGGGACGGGCUUAUCCGGGGAGGGUUUGAUAUCUGGCAAGGAGGAGGAGAGGGAGAAAAGGGAGGAUAGGAAGGUCGAGGAAAAGGGACGAGAGGGAAAGGGGGACAAAGUAGAGGACAGAGAAGAGGGCAAAGAGGCGAGGGAAAGGGAGGUGUUUCAUGCAUGGUGUGUGCCAAUCUUACAAGUGGUGGAGGAGAGAAUGGUGCUGGUGAGGUACCGCCGUCACAAGAAGAAAGUGCUGCGAUCCGUGGCAUCCCGCCUUCACCGAACCUGCGUGCUCCCCUCCCUCACUGCUGCUCGUGCUGCUCCCCCCGGUGCUGGUCACGGUGCUGGUGGCUCGGACCGCACUGGUUCGGCUGCAGCUGAUCCGGCCGAAGCUGCGCCUGGGGAGAUUGCUUCGGUGCCUGGUUUGGCUGGUGAUCCACUUGGAGUUGUUGGGAAUAAUAAGAUCGAGGAUAAGUAG